AUUGGACACACAAAUGUUGAUACAAAAAUAAAAAGUGUCAUAAACUAUCAGCCAAUAUUUGAGGUAAUACAGAACACGGCUGGAUGCAAACUAUAUGACCUGUAGCUCUUUACAUAAACUUUUCAAAUAACAUUUUCAAAAAGAAAAAAAAUAGCAGUAGCAACAUUAACUUUUAGAAUUAUCGGUAUUUUUUGGAAAUGUCAUAGAUCAGUCUCCCCAAUGUACCAUUGUUGUGCUUUUUUGCGAGCCACUCGUUCCACUCAAUAACUGUAAGGUGUUCUGACAGUAGUCUAUCAUGUCUGUUACCCCUGAGUCUCCAGAUUUGCUCUUUGUUAGACCUCCAGGCUCUCUCUCCAGAUGUUGGGUAUGGGCACCUGUACGAGGGUCAACAUACCACCUGCUGUGGUUAACAGUAUGGUGUUCAUACCCUAAAUUUGGGAGUACACGAUAGGCCCGCCAUUCAUCACUUAUCACUGAGGAACCAAUCCAGACAUGAAGGGUAAUCACAGGAACAAGAUGUCUUCGAGAUCUUUUCUCCACAAGUCGCAAGAUAGACCUCGUUUUCCCUCGAUGUUUUAUGCGCAGCAUUCCAAAGACCCACUUUCCUCUUUUCCAUCCCCCAGUCAUUCUUCCUCUCCCAUACUGAUGCAGUAACAAAAAAAAUGAAAAAGAAAAUGACUAAAUGAUACUAUGAAAGAUUGAUAAAUAUAUUGAUGUAAAUGAGACCACUGUUAGCUCCGUUUUAAGGAGAAUUUUGGUGUGAAAACAAAUAAUAAUGAAUUUUACAGUAAGUGUGUCACUUCGUAUGAGGUUGAGUCUAAAAACAUAAUAUGAAAAUUAAUAUAGAUAUCUUACCAAGCAUAUUGGUCUCCGUUGUUCACCCUUUUCUUCAGUUCCAUUUUCUGCUGGCAGACUUUGUAUUUUAUUUUUCUUUUAAGUAGCUUUUUCCUCUGAAGAUAUUUUAUAAGCUUCAGUGGGCCUCUUUUCGAAAUCUCCUCGUUAAUUAGUUUUUUCAGUCGCGUGAGACUUCCCAUUUUUUAGCCAGUUUGUUGUUAAGCCAACAGAGGAAGCCGCGCUUUUGGUGCUUCCUGCUUCCUACAUGACCAAUAGGAGACCGCGAUGCUGUGACCUCUCACCUGUAGGUCAUAAUCAAGCUGCAGUCAUGGCUUCCUGUGUUAACACGACAAACCCAGACCGAUCUACCGGUAUGCGAACCCGGGGGAAAAGGGGGAAUAAUAACGUAGGCAAGAUGGAUGUUCGUGUUACCAGUGGUGUGACUGUUGCCCCAACUGCACAGCUGGCAGACAGACGAAAAUCACAAGAGUUGGAGAUCUGUAAGAUGAGGCUAGAGUGGCAAAAGGAUAAGAUUGAUGAGCUCACCAAAGAAAGAGACUAUCUAAAGGAGCAAUUAGCAGCAUCUCUCUCAAAGGAACCCACAAGUUCUGUCCAGGAUUCCAGUGAGGUAUUGAGCAUAUCUUCACUGUCCUCUGAUGGGUCUUUUGAUGAGAGUUCUAACUCCUCCAUGAGCACAACUUCAUCAGAUGAAGAUAGGAAGAAGAGGAAGAAGGGCAAAGCAAAAAAGCACAAGAAGUCAAAGAAACGUGACCAAAAACAAAGAAAAAGAGUCCAGAAUCCUAAGCAAGUGGUCACCCGGUAUAACAAGAUUUUGAGGCUGUUCAAAAGAGGAGGGACCAUGUCUGCUGCCUUUAAACGUCUGGGAGUGGACCGGAACACAAUUGUGGCAACUGCUCCAAUUGCUGAGCUAUUCAUUGUUGCACCUGAGAGGUAUAAAGAAUUAGAAAAAAACAUGCAGGGACAGAAACUUUCAUUGUUUGCUACACAGUGUGCUGCAGCAAUCAGUGCAGAUCCAGAAACAGAGGAAAAAUUCAAAGCGUAUAAGUCUUCAGGGAAGUUGCUUCCUCUUAAAACAAAGAAAGAUUAGAUCUUUGUUGUUUUUUUUACAUGGUGAAAUGUGGUGAGAGUCCACCAUUGUUAACAGCUUAAUAAAAUACAAGUUAUGUAUUCUGUUUGAUUGGUCAAUUGUUUGUUAAAAA